AUGAAGGUGUACAUGCAUGCACAAGGCGUGUGGGAUGUCAUUGAGCCUAUUGAUCCGAAUGAGGAGAUAGAGACACGGAAGGAUCAGAUGGCCUUUGUUGCCAUCUAUCGAGUAUUAGCGAGGAGGCGCUCCUUGUGUUUGCUAAGAAGGAGGCGGCAAAGAGGUCUGAAACGAUGUCGGAAGAGCUAUAGGCUUAGGUGGGUGAACUAUCUCAGUCCAAGCAUCAAGAGAGGGAGGUUUGAAGAUGAUGAGGAGGACCUUAUCAUUAGGCUCCAUAAGCUCCUUGGCAAUAGGCGGUCACUAAUUGCAGGAAGACUACCAGGAAGAACAGCCAAUGAUAUCAAGAAUCACUGGAACACUCAUUUAAGCAAAAAGAUUAACUCCAAAGAAAAGUCUUGGAACCGUAAAACUAUAGCUAAAGGUAUCACCAGUAUAAAGCCAAGGGAGAAACAAGGAGAAUUUAAGAUCAUCAAGCCACAACCUUGGACUAUUCCAGUGAAUUGGAGCUGGUUGAAGGAUCAACCAGUGCACCGAGGACAGCUUCAAGACAAGUCUGGAAUUAAUAUUGCAGACCCACUGAACAAUAAUGUCUCAAGGGAAGAGAGUGCAACAAUCAUCCCUGAGAAGCUUGAUGAUGUCUUCUUGGGCAUUGAUGAUAUGACAGUUGGGGAAAUGGGGAACAACUUUGAGAUUGGGAAUAUUGGAGGAAAUGGAGAUGAACAGUUCUUUGAGCAAGAAGAUGCAGGAUGGACUGACUUUCUUCUGGACAUGGAUAUCUAG